AAUAUUUCUUCAUUGGAAUGUGAAUCAUGUUGAUUUGCAAAGCGUUAUUGCAACUCGUUAAGUCCGAGGCUUAAUAAGAGGGCUAUCUCGGGGUUUUGAAUUAGUUCAUUUUGAUGUUUGGGACCAAGUCGUGUUGUUUCCAAGAUUGGCCAUACUUUAUCACUUUUGUGGAUGAUUUCUAUUGGAUGACUUGGGUUUGUUUCAUGAAGAGUCGCUUAGAAGUGUUUACAUUUGUGCCUUCUGUGAUGAAGUCAAAACUCAAUUCAAUGCUUUGAUAUGUAUUCUACGGGGUGACAAUGCUAAAGAAGAUAGGCCAGAUUUAUUUCAGUCAUAUAUCAGACAACAUGGUAUUCUCCAUCAAUCUUCAUGUGUUGAUACACUCUCUCAAAAUGGAGUUGCUGAGAGAAGGUCUCUGCGGCUUACUUUCUGAUUAGUCUCAUGCCAUCCACUGUAACACAUCACUUUUUUAGAUGGAACUUAAGGUAUUUGGAUGCACAUGUUAUGUCAGAGAUAUGCGUUGAAGUGCAUUUUUCUAGGUUAUUCUCGCCUUCGGAAGGGAUAUGAAUGUUAUUCUAAUGAACUUGGAAAAUAUUUGGUGUCAAUUUGAUGUGGCAUUUUCAGAGACUAAAUCGUUUUCUAUGCAUAAUCUCUACAAGUCAGAAAGAGGAGGAUGAGUGGCUAGUGUAUUGGUUUACCCAUGUUCUGACAGAAGAGUCAGAUAUAGUCUCUCCAUCUCCCAUUUUUCCUAUUAAGAACCAAUUAACUAUUGUCCCAUCAACACCUACUCCAGUUGUGGUAGCAAGCCGCCAAUUGUUCAAGUUUCACUCAAGGAGGCGAGAGAUCAAUGAUACAUGUCUUGCAGCAGUCCUUUUUCCAUCAGAUCUUGACCUCUCUAUUGCUCUUCUCAAAGGACCGCAAAACGGGAUAGACAAUUGACAUAGGACAUGAAUUACAAGGCCUUUACCAUCUUACCGCUUCAAAUUCCUUCACAGCAUGCUCCGCUACAGAUUCUCCCAACCUUAUUCACAAACGUUUGGGACAUCCUAGUCUAUCCAAGCUACAAAAGAUGGUGCCUAGUUUGUCUAGUCUGUCCACAUUAGAUUGUGAGUCGUGUUAACUUGGGAAACACACCCGUGCUACAUUUUCACAUAGUAUUGAGAGUCGCUCAAAGUCUAUUUUCUCAUUAGUUUAUUCUGAUAUUUGGGGUCCUAGUCGAGUCAGUUCACCGUUAGGAUUUCGUGACUUUGUUACUUUCAUCGAUGUACUUGGAUUUACUUAACGAAAGAUCGUUCCGAGUUAUUUUCUAUAUUCAAAAGUUUUUGUGCUGAAAUACAAAAUCAAUUUGGUGUUUCUAUUCGUGCUUUUUGUAGUGAUAAUGCUUUAGAAUACUUAUCUUCCCAGUUUCAGGAGUUUAUGACUCAUUAAGGAAUCAUUCACCAAACAUCAUGUUCAUACACCCCUUAGCA